AUGGAGGAUUCUGCCGCUUCCUCCCGCGAUCCUACCGAGUUUUUGAAGCUCCAACCAAAGAAGAGUAUAUUGAAGGCGAAGCAGCCUUCAUUCGACACUCAUGGACGACAGAUGAGCCAAGACGACGAUCAGAAGAAGGCUCACUACGACGAGAUGAACAUUCUGGCUACUCAUCACCCGGCCGACAAGGACUAUGGUCACAUGAAGGUAAGUAUUGGUUGAAUUCGUCUCUAUUUAGGUCGUUAAACUGGGAAAGUUUACGUUAAGAUCAAACUCUUGAAGCUUGAUUUAAUGCGGAAAUUAUGGAAAAGACUUGAAGUAAUGCUAACUUUGUAGAAUUUUUAAGAGAUAUCAUACUAUGAGAGAAAAAGUGGCCCAGGCAGGAGUCGAAACCUGCAUCCUUCGUUUACCGGACGAAUGCUCUACCUAUUAAGCUACCGGGGCUCCUUCUCUCAAAGCCUUAAUCUCGAUCAGUUUCUUAUCUAUCUCAGUUGCUUUUUAUAUUGUUUUAUCCGAAUAUUUAAUCGGAAUAUUCGACAACUUAUUUCAGAUUGACGAGCCCAAGACUCCGUAUCACGCUUUCAGCGAUUCUGAAGAAGAUUCGACUGCUUCUCAAUCACGUCCACGACGUGUUUCUCUUGUUGGGAACGCUGUAGAUGCUGAAGAACUGUGUAAAGGUUUGGCAGCUGCUGCUUCAGGUAAUUAUUCCCGAAAGUUGAGCUCAGGAGGAUCGAUGGCUGAAGAUGAAGAGAUGGACGAAGCUGAUAUGACGCCCGAACAACUUGGUAAGUUUUCACAUUGAUACUUAUUAUUUUUAUAAUUUUAUGACUGUUUCGUUUUAAAAUCGAACAUCUUCUUACUUUCUUUUGUGUAUAUUAUAAACCAAUGUUUUCAGCUCACAAACGUGAAUUCGAGAAGAAAAGAAAGAUGCACUACGAUGAAGGGAGUGCUUUGCGACGAGCAAAAGAACUUCUGGCACAAGAAGAAGGCGAAGAGUGA